AUGGCAGGAUCUGCUGAGGAAUCCUGUAAAUGCAAUGGCUGGAAAAACCCCAAUCCACCUCCUACCCCUCCUCGGGCAGACCUGCAGCAGGCAGUUGUUAGCCUUACCGAGCCGUGUCGCAGCUGUAGUCAUGCGCUAGCUGCUCAUGUUUCUCAUCUGGAGAAUGUGUCUGAAGAAGAAAUGAAUAGGCUCCUGGGAAUCGUGCUGGAUGUGGAGUAUCUGUUCACGUGUGUCCACAAAGAAGAAGACGCAGACACUAAGCAAGUUUAUUUCUACCUGUUCAAACUUUUGAGGAAGUGCAUUUUACAGAUGGGGAAACCUGUAGUAGAAGGAUCUUUGGAAAGUCCCCCAUUUGAGAAACCUAGCAUUGAAGAGGGUGUGAAUAAUUUUGUGCAGUACAAAUUUAGCCAUUUACCCUCAAAGGAAAGGCAAACAAUAGUUGAACUGGCUAAAAUGUUUCUGAACCGCAUUAACUACUGGCACCUGGAGACUCCUUCUCAGCGAAGACUGAGAUCACCCAACGAUGAUAUUGCGGAGUAUAAAGUGAAUUAUACCAGGUGGCUUUGUUACUGCAACGUCCCUCAGUUCUGUGACAGUCUACCUCGGUAUGAAACCACGCAGGUUUUUGGUAGGACGUUGCUUCGCUCUGUUUUUACCGUAAUGAGACGGCAACUACUGGAGCAGGCUAGGCAAGAGAAAGACAAACUUCCUCAAGAGAAACGAACGCUAAUCCUUACCCAUUUUCCGAAGUUUCUGUCAAUGCUGGAAGAAGAAGUGUACAGCCAGAAUUCUCCCAUUUGGGAUCAGGAUUUCAUGGUGUCUACAUCCCGAACUGGCCAACUGGGAAUCCAGACAGUUAUCAGUCCUCCUCCUGUUGCAAGAUCUGUUUCAUACACUGCAAGUCCUUCAUCUUUGGAGCAACCCAACAGUGGAAAUAUGAGUCCUGCUUGCAAAGUUUCUUCUGUCCUUGACCCCAACCUAGGGGAAAAGAGAAAGAAUAAUGAACCUUAUUCUCUGGAGGAUUCUAAAAGGCCAAGGGUUGUAGGAGAUAUUCCUAUUGAAUUAAUCAAUGAAGUAAUGUCAACAAUUACAGAUCCUGCUGCAAUGCUGGGGCCAGAGACUAAUUUCCUCUCAGCGCACUCAGCCCGAGAUGAAGCGGCAAGGUUGGAGGAGCGCAGAGGAGUGAUUGAAUUCCACGUGGUGGGAAAUUCCCUGAACCAGAAGCCAAACAAAAAGAUCAUGAUGUGGCUAGUUGGUUUACAGAAUGUGUUCUCCCAUCAGCUACCCAGGAUGCCAAAGGAGUAUAUCACACGCUUGGUCUUUGAUCCAAAACACAAGACCCUUGCAUUAAUAAAAGAUGGUCGUGUUAUUGGUGGUAUCUGCUUCCGGAUGUUCCCAUCUCAAGGAUUUACGGAGAUUGUUUUCUGUGCUGUGACUUCCAAUGAGCAAGUUAAGGGUUAUGGAACUCAUCUAAUGAAUCAUCUGAAGGAAUACCACAUUAAACACAACAUUCUCAACUUUCUCACAUAUGCAGAUGAAUAUGCUAUUGGCUACUUCAAAAAACAAGGUUUUUCCAAAGAUAUUAAAGUACCAAAAGCAAAAUAUGUUGGCUACAUCAAGGAUUAUGAGGGUGCCACAUUAAUGGGAUGUGAAUUAAAUCCAAGGAUUCCCUACUUUUUUUUCAUUAAAAAGCAAAAAGAGAUCAUUAAAAAGUUGAUAGAAAGGAAACAAGCUCAGAUUCGAAAAGUCUAUCCUGGCCUUUCUUGCUUCAAAGAUGGAGUACGACAGAUUCCUAUAGAAAGCAUUCCUGGAAUUAGGGAGACUGGCUGGAAACCAAGUGGAAAAGAGAGAGGUAAAGAACCCAAGGAUCCAGAUCAGCUUUACAGCACAUUAAAAACCAUCCUGCAGCAGGUGAAGAGCCAUCAAAGCGCUUGGCCCUUCAUGGAACCUGUGAAGAGAACAGAAGCUCCUGGAUAUUAUGAAGUUAUAAGGUUUCCCAUGGAUCUCAAAACAAUGAGUGAACGACUCAAGAAUAGGUACUACGUGUCUAAGAAAUUAUUCAUGGCAGACUUGCAGCGAGUCUUUACAAAUUGCAGAGAGUACAACCCCCCUGAAAGUGAAUACUACAAAUGUGCCAAUAUACUGGAGAAAUUCUUCUACACAAAAAUUAAAGAAGCUGGAUUAAUUGACAAGUGACACUCUUUUUUACAACCAAUCAGUGUGCCUACUUUAUUGGCAAGAGAAGCCGUUACAUCUCUGAGCUGUGGGACUUCAAGUUUUCAAGAAACUUCUGUUUAAUAAUUAGCACUUUUAAAAAACCCUUUUAGUUUUGCAAACAUGUAUUAUAUUGAAGUUACAAAAAUUAUUUUAUUAAAAUGCUUUAUAAUGUAUUUAAAAUUAUUGAAAAUUUCUUUUGUGUGCCCGUUACAGUAUGUUCAUCAGUUUAUCAGCUACAGCCUCAAAACAUGUGGGAAAUCGCACAUGUUUGGGAAUAUGAAGAAAAUUCCUAGACAAUGAAUGUGAAUGUUAUAGCUUACCUAAUGCAGUAUCUGUUUGAAAAAGGGUGGUUUUUUUUCCUACCUAGUUUAAAAACAAAACAAACAGUAAGGGAAAAACAACAGUUGGGCGUUGGGCUCUGAAAUUUUGUUUCAUUGUAAGUUUUUUUUUUUUUUAAUAAGAUACUAUUUUUUAAAAGAAGCAGCUGGUUGAGAAGCUAUGAGAGAAAAGGAGCCACUUCUGAGAAAGAACUGCUGCAAUCUUUGAUAGAUGCAAGUUUUUCAAUUGAUUUGGAGUUUUGAGAAAUAUUUUACCUGCAAAUUGCAACCUCAUAACCACUAAUAAAAUAAAAAUUUGGUUAGAUGUGUAAUGUCAUAGUGACUUGGCUUAUGCAGGACAUAAGUACACAAAAUAACUUCAGAAAAUGUGGUUGGUAUAUAUUAGACUUAAUUUUAAUUGGCUUAGUAGGGAGAAGGUUUUGAUGUACUUCAUGAUCCACACCAUUUCCUACUUUCAGCUGAUAAAAUUCUUUAGAUUGUUACAGUAGAGAUAAGAUGAUUGUACACAAAACUGGUCAAUAUAUGACAGCUUUAGCUUAUAUAAUUCCCUCUGUGGUAAACUGGAUUUUCUACCAAGCUUUAUUGUAAAUAGUAACUGUGAUUAUUUAGACCCAGGAGCAUAUUAACAUUUUACAAUUAGUGUUAGUAUAUCAUCAUAUAUCAUCAAACUGAGCACAUAUAUAUAUAUUAUAUAUAUAUAUAUUUUGCUGCUUACACUACAUUUAAGAGGUACACCUAACUUCCUAAUGGAGAUCAGUACAGGCCAAAAAACCGUCACUUGACAUUUUCUAAUUAAAGUUUAUAACUGCUUUUGUGAAGAAUAAAUUUAACUUCUAUUCUUGGUGUUUUGUAUUUACAGGUGUUACACUGGUAAAGUUCAGUAGUGAUAAGGUUGGAAAAAAACAACCUUACAUUGUAUCAAAGACUGUAUUUCUGCAAAAUGCCUGUGCAAUGUUAAAUUUCAAGUUGAUUCAGUAAGUAGAUGUCAGAACCUACCUGGAAGUAGUGUGGUACACAAGGUAUUCAAAAAUGUCAACACUAGAAUUGCCUCAGUGCUUCAUAUGAAAUUAGCCCGGCCUACAUUUGGAUCUAUAACUAAGGUACAGUGAAAGAAUUGUUUUAUAGCCAGUACUGGAUGCUAUAAUCCUAUUUUGUAGAUUGGGCCUAUAGAUGCACCUGUUAAGCUUGGUAUCCUGUGAAACUGUUAUUUUCAGAGUAGACUUACUUUCUUAUUGUCUUUCAAUCAGAUUGUCUCUUCUAUAUUGGAACAUUUGUUUUCUAAUUUAAAAAUUAAUAUUUUCAUAGAUACUGUGCAAUAAAGUUACAAUAGGAUGUGGUUUUGCAAAUGCUUUAACAGCUGAUGAAUUUUACAUUUGUAAAAUUAAUAUAUUGUACUGGUACAGAAUAGUUUUAA